AUGACCAAGUACCACGAAACGCCCUUAUUCGGCGGAGCGAUGGCCGUCGACCUGCCAGAGAAAUUUGCCGAUGUCAGCAAACUGCGCCAGGUUCCCGACAACCAGGAAGUCUACAUUGACAAGGAUGGCUUCACCAGCAUCAUUGUCGAGAUAUGCGAGCGUGUCGGUCCGGCGGGCAAUAGCCCCGAGAUUGACGGGCAAGCGCUGUCGACGCAUCUAGAGGAGCUCGUGGGCGACGACGUCGACACGGUGCGCGUGUGGAACACAACCGAGACGCAGUUCUCGGAGCUGACGGAGGAGUUUCCGGCCUACACUCUGAUCGCGACGCAGACGCCCGUUGCCGACCCCAAGAGCAGCAGCACGAGCGCGCCGGACUUCACGGCCAUCGUGCUCACUCUGCUGCGGCUCGAGAAACACAACACAGACCUGCUGGUCACCAUCAACGUGCCACACAUGCGCGGCGAGUACGACGAGGAAGAAAUCGACCUGGCGCUGGGCAAGCAGGGAGAGCUGAUUGGCGACGCCAUCGAUUAUGCAUCGCAUAUUUGGGCGACGCUCCGCAUCGAUGACUGGAAGCUGUUCAAAUCCGGAUGA